CUUGGUUUCUUUCGCGACGCUUUUUUUUCGCAAUCCUUUUUUUGAGCCUUUGCCCUUUAAUUAUAGCAACCCACUCUUUAUACUACCACCCCACAAGACAGACAGACAGACACAAAAAGGUUCUCUUUUACAACUCGUAUUAUAGCAAAUGGGACGAAAGAAAAUUAAGAUCCAGCCUAUUCAAGACGACCGUAACCGUCAGGUCACUUUCCUGAAGCGGAAAUACGGUCUAAUGAAGAAGGCCUACGAGCUGUCUGUCCUUUGCAACUGUGACAUUGGCCUGAUCAUAUUCAACAACUCGAACAACAAGCUGGUGCAGUAUGCAAGCAAGGAUAUGGACAAGGUGUUGCUGCGAUAUACAGAGGUAAGCAAGGAAAGAGAGUGAGAGAGUCGUUGUCGCCACGUGUGUGUUGCUCAUUCUUUGCUUUCUCUACAGUAUCAAGAGCCACACGAGAGUAAAAACAAUGUAGACUUUAUGGAUUCCGGUCUUGAUCAAGGAAAGGAUCUGGAUGCUUCGGAUCAGGAGUACGACCCUGAAUAUUUGCCGCCGCCGCCGUCGCAACAGCAGCAGCAGCAGCAGCAGCAUCAGCAAUCAGUAUCGCCCAUGGUCACUGCCGCUGCCGUUCCACCACCACCACCUCCUCCUUCA